AAUGUGAGCCGCAAUCCAAUCUUUGUUGUGAAGGCAUCGGACGUGCAUUUUCUAGUAGAGCAGUGUGAAAAAGUGUUUUGCUUGUGGGAUCAAAUUUUCUACCGUUUAGUGAAAAAACUCCCGUUAAAAUGUCUAACCGUGGAGGUGGAAAAAAUCGUGGCCGCAAUUGGAACCACGGCAGUGGUGGUGGAAGAAAAUUUUUCGAUGGCAGUAGUAACUACUCGGAACACGACGAUCGGAUGGAUCGGGAUCGCAAAAUGAGUGACGUGAAACGCCGCGUCAGUUUUAAGCCCUUCAACGGAGGUCGUAAUAAAGGGGUUCCCCGACUAUCCGAUAUUCAUGUGUUGGCUCACCUCGAGGAUGAGGCAAUGGGUGGAGAUGGGUCGGAGGGGAAUCGGCGCAACUUUUCCGGUGGCAAUGGCACCACGAACCCCGGCAAAGGUAAUCGUCGACGGGGUUCUCCCGUUCCCCGAGGGCAGCCCGGUGGCAGGAGGAGGCUUCUAUGUGGGCCAACCAGUUGGUUCGAGAUAAAGAUUCCGUAUGGUCACAAGUACGAGAAGGAUUUUAUCCUGCGUUCGUUGCUAACCGCCAUAAAGCCGGUAUUAUUUAUUCCGCACUAUUGGAAGGUUGAGGAUACCGCGGUUAGCUUUUACAUCGAUGAUUUCGAAGCGGCCCUAGCCCUGCAGAAGGUUGACCGGACUAUCGGGCUUCCCGAUGGUCGGAAAAUGAUAGUGGUCGUCCGUAAUGGUGCGCCACAGUUCCAGGUGAAUGAACAGCUGAAGGAGCGCAUGAAACUGGCAAUGGUUAAGCGGUACAAUCCGACGACGAAGGCACUGAAUUUGGAGAAAUUUCACAACGAUCCGGAUUUGAAUGAUAUUUUCUGCGCGUUGUUCCGACCGCAGAUUAUGCUGGCGGCGUUCGAUGUGAUUAAGGACAACAUUCCCGACCUGGAGGCGUUGAAUGUGAACAACAACAAGCUGCACAUGUUGGACCACUUUAAGGAGCUGGCCGUGAAGGUGCCGAAUCUGAAAAUUCUUCACAUGGCCAACAAUAAGAUCCCAUUCGUAACAUCACUGGACAGUUUGAAAGCUCUCCCACUUGUGGAAAUUAACCUGGAUGGGAAUCCACUCAAGUCACGGGUUCCCGAUCAAAGUAGUUAUGUCAGCGAGGUUCGGAAGCGACUGCCGAAGGUCAUCAAAUUGGACGACAUGACUCUCCCGCCCCCAAUUGGCUUUGACGUGACCGACGAAGUGGCGAAGCUCCCCACCGCCAAGGCAUCCUUCCUGUGCGAUAUGGCCGGGGCCGAUAUCGUACGUCAGUUUCUCGAGCAGUACUUUAUCAUUUUCGACUCGGAUAACCGACAGCCGCUGCUGGAAGCGUACCACGAGCAUGCGAUGGUCUCGAUGACGGCCUACAGCUGUUCCUCCCAGAGAAGUCAGCAGCGGCUGAUAAGCUAUAUGCCCCAUAAUCGCAACAUCAACGCCAAGAGUGAUUUGGAAUCCAGAUGUCGGUAUCUGAAGUUGGGACGACUGCCAGUGGUAACGUUCCUGUCCGAACUGCCCUCGACCAAGCAUGACCCGCAGUCGUUCGUCGUCGAUUUGACGCUAUUUACGCCCCGAUUAAUUCAACUCACAGUCACGGGUGUUUUCAAAGAGCGCAAGCUGGCUGUCACCAACGAACCUAUGCGCUCCUUCCAGCGCACGCUCGUUAUCGUUCCGUCCGGUGGUGGCUUCUGCAUUCGCAACGAGAUGAUCCACAUUAACAACACCACUUGGCUGCAGAAAGAGAAAGCAUUCAAGGAUCCAGCUUCGAACAUUGGCUACCAGGCAUCAUCAACUGCCACCGCGUCAGCAGCACCAGUGCCAGCAGGGAUUCCUCCGGCGGCAGUUACUGUUCCUGCCGUGCACGUUGGUGGCCCGGACGACAACACCAAGCUACAAAUGGUGCAGGCGAUGGUGGCUCACAGCAACAUGAAUGUGGUGUGGAGUCGUAAGUGUCUGGAGGAAACCAAUUGGAACUUCGAGCGAGCUGGGUUCGCUUUUGCUGAGCUGCGAAAACAGAACCGAAUACCACCGGAGGCGUUCGUUAAGAACUGAGACGGCGAACCAUCGACAUCGCGGGAUAUAUUCUAUUUUUAAUGAUUAAUUCGUUCUGAGGACCUAACUUUAAGUACUGGGAGUUUGGAAAAUGGUUGCAUUCGAGCAAGAAGGUCGACUAUUCGAUAGUCUUAUAAUCAACAUGUAUUGCCACAAAUAUAUUGUUAGUAAAAUGCAGCUGCACGCAUUUCAACCCUUUUCCAAAUUCCUAUUAUUACUAUUAGAUAAAACUGUUUGCCACAGCGAUAAGGUUUCGCUGACUAUCAAAAUAAGAUGAGAGAUGUUUAUUAUCUUGUGACCAAAAACAUUCAAACAUUGAGGAAAGUGAAAGAUACGUUCAAAAACAUAAUAAAAUCUGUAACCGUUAUUAAUGGCUAAGAAGAAGUAUGUCUAUUAUGUUUGGUCACUUACAAUGUGUAGCGUUAUUUGGGUAUGAGACCACUGAGUCGUGAAGGCCUAUUUAGGCAGGAAAAACAACCCAUUUGAAGAGAUAAACAUAAAAAUGAUGUACAUGGGAUAAUUUUAGAUCACUUAUGUUGUUUUAUGUAUACUUACUAAAAUAAUUAGCUGUGAAAUUUUAUAUAAUAUGAUUAUUUUCUUACGGUAAGCGAAUAGUGUAUUAAAAAACUUGAAAAAGAAAAACACAUUUUUAAAAAAAUCCCUGAUUCAGAAUACAAAAUAGCAUGAAAUCUCGUA